AAUGUGUUACAAAGAUUAUUGGAUAUAUCUGCAUUAUUUAUAAAUUACAUUCUAUAAUCUUUUAUCAGUAAGAUUUAGAGUAAACUGACAUAUGUACAAGUAUAUAUAUGUCAUUAUUGGAUUUGGUCAUCAAAUAUUUACCAACACACCCUUAGCAGAAGGUGAACAGGGUAAAGGAACCUAACUCUGGUUCUGACACAAUAUGGAAUAAAGAGCCUUUUUUAUCCUUGAUCUUUUCACUCCUGUAAACUGGUUCCCAAAGCCACUGCCAUAAUGUGUGGGUCACAACUGAGAAACACACCAGUGGAAGCUCUGCCUCCUGCUGUCCUCCCAACGCCACGUCAUAGCACGCUCCACUUAGCGCAAGGGCACAGCCACGUAGGGCUCCGAGCCCUUCCUCUCCACAGGCAAUCCAAGGCCCUUCCUGCCGGGUCUCCAUAUCCUCUGCUUCGGAGCCUCUUCCCCCAGCUCACUCCUAGCUUAUCCCAAUACUUCAGAAUUCUGCUGGAACAUCACCUCCUCAAGAAGCUUCCCCUAACCACCAAGUGCGCUCUCCUGGUGUCUGUUUCGUCACUCUGUGUGUCUUGAUAGCACCUAUUACAAUCUCUCAUAGGCUUUAGCUUUAAUAUCUGUUGUUCCUGUCUUCUUCCUCACCCACAGUAGACCUAGAAGAAACAAUGCCACAAGUCUUUGAAACUGCAAGUAUGAUUGUUGCUGGAGGGGCUCGCACGGAGACUGUACGGAAGUACUUCCCUGAGACGUGGAUCUGGGAUUUGGUGGUGGUGGGCUCUUCAGGUGUGGCUGAGGUAGGGGUAUCCAUCCCUGACACCAUCACGGAGUGGAAGGCAGGGGCCCUCUGCCUGUCCCAGGACACAGGACUUGGUCUCUCUCCCACUGCCUCUCUCCGAGCCUUCCAUCCCUUCUUUGUGGAGCUCACCAUGCCCUACUCUGUGAUCCGCGGAGAGGCCUUCACACUCAGGGCCAGUGUUGUCAACUACCAUCCCAAAUGCCUUUUGAUCUCUGUGCAUCUGGAAGCCACUCCCGCCUUCCUAGCUGUCCCAGUGGAGAAAGAACAAGAGACUGUCUGCAUCUGUGGUGAUGAGCAGCAAACUGUGUCCUGGGAAGUAACCCCAAAGUCACUAGGAAAUGUGAAUUUUACUGUUAGCGCAGAAGCACUAUCGUAUGCAGAGUCAUGUGGGACUGAGGUGCCUAGAAUCCCUGAAUAUGGAAAGAAAGACACAAUCAUUAAGCUCCUAUUGGUUGAACCUGAAGGAAUAAAGAAGGAAGUGACAUUCAACUCCCUGCUUUGUCCAUCAGGUAAGAGUCAACCUUCCUAAUUUUAAAAAUAUUGGCUAAAGUUUAUAUAACAUU